AUGAUAGCAACACCACAAUCAAGUUUGGCAGUUGCAGUUGCUCUUUGGGGUAAAAAGCCACCGAAACAUCGCAUUAACUGUUUGCAAUGCUUUGAAGAUGGGGCAGUAAUAAUCACAGGAGCUGAUGAUGGUACCUUGAUAAUAUGGGAGAAAUGUAACGAGAAUUUACAGGCUCAAAUGAUGUUACUUGGACAUGAAGUUCCAAUUACAGCUAUAUCAGCAACAGAUACCAAGCGAAAUUUGACGAGAUUCGUGAGUGCUUCCGCAGAUGGCCAGUUGACGUUGUGGGAUAGUGCAGAUGGACGUUGCAUUGAUAAUACAUUCAUGGCUCAUGUGCAUCGACAAAUUAUUCCAUAUCGCACAAUCAGUGGUUCUUUUAGUUUAUGCGCGUUGUAUUGUAUAGGUGAUUAUGCAGAAGUGGUGGUAAUUGAUCCACAAGAUAUGAAUAUACUUUUCACCCUAAGUUCACGAGUAGAGCCAGAUUGGAUAGCUGCAUUCACUAUCAUCAGUUAUCCAAACAAACAAGAUGCGGUGUUAGGCAUGACGACAUCUGGCAUGAUGAAAGUUUGGUUACUGUUUGACUUAGAUAAAAAGGAGUUGCCUAUCUAUGAAACAGAAUCGAGAAAUGUGGAAAUAAAUGAAGUUUGUUCUGUAUCUUGGCAUCCCUCUUCACCUUCCAUAUUUCUGUUAUUUAAUUCUGCUUCAUGGCAGAUAUUUCAAUUGGCGGAUCUUAAUCGUUUGGUCGUUUAUUUUUCUGAAGAGCAUAUCUGUGACGGGAAAUUAUUAUCUGGUGAACGAUCUGCAGUAGCUUGCGCAGAUGGUUCUGUAUAUAUUUACCAGCUUCCCCAUUCGUUGCUUUCUUGUGGUAGUGACUCAGAGAGUGAGGUGGAAAAACUUAGCGAUCCGUCACUGCUGAUGAUUUUGCAAAACAAAUCAGCUAAUAAUCUGCGAUCAGCACACAUGGUAUUUUGCAUCACAGCUUCUCAUCUUAUUUGUCGAGCCGAUACGGAAAGCAUUAUAGUAAUAUGGGAAUUUGAUGAAGUUUUACCAAUACAAUCGGAACAUAAAGUGAUAUUCAAACAACCGAAGUUAAAAACAAGCAUGAAAUGCCAAUGGAAUAGCUUAAAAAACUUGCCGCCAUCCAUAUACGAUGGUGAAGAUGAUUGCGAAGUUACAGCUACUUAUUAUAUUAGUAGCCAAGGACGCCUUCUUAUUGGACGAGGCGAUGGGACUAUAAUUCUUAUGUACGGUUGUGAUGCCAUUUCAAAACAACUAUUGACCAAAAGCGGAGAACUCAAUUUUCGCCAAUUUUAUGGUCAUAAUGCUGCUGUAACAUGCUUCUUGUAUCCACAUGAAGAACAUCCACGAUAUGACCAGCAGAUAUUGCUCUCUGGAUCGAGCGAUUUUUCUGUCAUAACAUGGAAUUUGAAUACUGGAUCAAGAUUGUACCGGUUUUGUGUCCAAGGUGGUCCAAUCCUGCGCAUGCUAAUUCCUCCGGAAACAUGCAGUCAGAGAGUUCUUCAUACGAUUUGUUCAAUAGCUGGAGAUAAUUCAGCUGCGCUUUUAUCUUUGAAAGAAAAUAAAUGUCUUCUCUUAGCAAGUCGGCAGUUAUUUCCAAUAGUAGAUGUGAAAUGGCGACCGCUGGAUAAUUUCCUACUGUUGAAAUGCGAGGAUGAAACUGUUUAUGUGUGGCAAAUGGAUACCGCAAGUUUGGAAAGAAUUGUUAACGGACAAAUGUCAGAAGAAAUUCUGGCGGCUUGCAAUGAACAAAUUGGUGUGGCCGAGAUAGACGAUGAAGUUGGCGCUUCGCAAGCGGUUCAAAUGUUUCGUGCUUUGAGAAACAAAAACAUACUUGCGAUGAAACAGAUUGCAACUGGCAACCGGGAUGGAAAGGUUGCAAGCACAACUGAAAAAGUUCUCGAGUUGCCAGCCCCAAUGAAUAUUCAGUCUAUGACUAAGGAGCCUAGCUCAUCACAUCUUGUAUUUUUCAACAUUGAUUCUUUGAUCGCUGGCCUUCUAGUACUCGAAAAUGAACUAUCAACAGGUGAGAAUAUGGAAAACAAGUCCUUAUCAACAAUAUUGAUGGGUAAACAACAGUCAGAUUCUCGUACACCAGUACCAAAAAUUGCAUGGCAGACGGGAUCCAAUCUUUACCUAGAUGUUGCGAAACUUUGUAUGAGUUUAUUAUACGCUUGGACUCUUGAUGCCGAUUUGGAUGAAAUUUGCUUGAAGAAAUUGCGCCUCGUGAAACCAUCGACACCAUUAAGUUUUGGUGUUGAAUCCCGACAGGGACAUAUAGUGAUAUACAUGCCUACAGGGAAAUUCAAUAAUAGCACUUCAUUUGAUAAUUUUGCAAGUGCUGUUAGGUGGGCCACCGGCAGUUGUUUGACAACAGCGCAUCUUUUGGCAGUUAUUGCUCUCGCGAAUACUUUGAUGUCAUUGCACGGCGCUUCUUUCGAUAUCCCUAGAAGGGAUAUUCUUAUGAGAAGCUCUUCAUUACGUUCUUCUGCUGCUGAGUCUCACGAGAACGAUUUGCAGUUGAAGCAAGGCUGGUCGUUAAUUGCUGCACUACACUGUUGUCUGUUGCCCGAUCUAAUCAAGCCAAAAAAUAUUUAUUGUCCACCAAGGAUAGAAUUACUCGCAAAAAGGUGGCAAGACCAGUGUCUGGAAGUGCGUAUGGCUGCCCAGGCACUACUUACAAGAGAAUUAACGCGUCUUAGUGUCAAUGGUCGAAAACGUUUGAUGGAGUCAUGGUCUGCAUUUCUUCCAACCCUUCUGGAUCCUACGCUCUCAAUUUUUGGCAAUCGCGCUUUGGUAGCGUCUAUGAAUACAGCUCUUGGAACAGCCAGUGCUCCUCAGCCACCUCCAAUUCCUCACCGCAAGGGCGAAAAAGUACUCCCGGAUCCAACUAUCAAUGUAGAUGUUAAAUUGUCGAAAGAAGCUGGCGUACAGCAAAUUCGGCGAAAUCAAGCAACAUCGUUAAUAUUGCUUGGCGUGAUUGGUGCCGAAUUUCCAGACGAAAUGAGUAAGUUGGACAUUUCACGAGCUACUGCACAAUCCCUCUUAGAACUGCUUAUUGCUCCACCAACAACGCUAUUACCAUAUCAUUCACCACUUCGUCGUGCUGCCGUGGAUUUGAUCGGACGAGGCUUCAGCGUUUGGCAACCUCAUCUGGAUAUCACUAAACUCCUACUAAUCCUUUUGGAAUUGGCUACUAGCACCGAUAAGCAAUCCGUAGGUACUGCAGCAGCUAUUCUAACUCCAUCAGUGGAUGUUUGUCACACAGCACGUCAUGCAUUAAGUUUAAUCGCUACAUCGCGGCCACCGGCAGUAAUCACGGCAUUAAGUAAAGAAGUAGCCCGUUAUAAUAGUGUUGCACAGCAUCAAACUAUUCAACAUUCAAAUAGCAGUCCACUGUUAAAAUGUCGAGCGGAAGUGUUGCGUAUCAUGGAAUUACUUUCGGAAAAGGAGUACAUGAACGUUGCAGAUUUGAUGAUCCCGGUGGGUGAUAUACUUGUCCACUGCUUGGAUGCAUCACUGCUCAAGCAUAAAUCACUGUCCGAAAUCUUCCCACCAAUAACAAGUGAUUUUUUUUUUGGGUUCUACAUGGUUGCGUACUGUCCGAAUACCCGCCGCAUUGCAUUUGGUGGGCGAACUGGCACGGUAGUCGUUCAUGAGCUUAGAGCCGCCAAAGCACAGACGCUGCAGGCUCACAAGGGUGCCGUUACAGCCGUGGCAUUUUCGGAAGAUGGCAAAUUUUUAGCAACUUACGGAGCGGAGGAAGCUAAAUUAUCAUUUUGGCAAACGUCACAAACAUUCCUAGGCAUGGGUCAGAGUCAAUUUAAAUGUGUCAAGUCACAGUCAGCACCUGGAAUCUUUCCAGUUCUCUCACCUAGUGGUACACAGCAAGCCUUCAGAGCUCGUUUAAACUGUUAUUGGGAUUUUAUUGCCAGUUCAAUAGCAUGUAGUAAUCAUAAAAUGAUCAUUUAG